AGAGAAGCACAAACUAUAGUUCAAGGGAUUGAAGAGGAAUGCAAUUGCAAUUUAGCAUAUUAAGGUCAUAGAUUAGGUAUUGAAAGUAAAAACCAGAAUGCUUGUGUAAGUUUGACUUCAAUUUCCAAGUGGGAAAAUAAAUUCUAGCAGUUGUGUGAUUGCUGAGUAUGUAUUACCCGUGGGAGGAUAAUUGUAUUACCGCUGUGCUAGGACUUACCCUUUUAUGACUAUGUAUGAUAAGGUGACUGAGAAUGUGAGAGGUUGGUUUAAUACUUUUUCACUGUUUUCUAUUAUAGGAAACUAUUUUACUUAAAAAAAUAGUUAAAUUCAAAUAAAUAGUCCCUUAAAAGAGUAAAAUGGUAAGAAAUAGCGCCCUAUAGAGAGAAAACACUAUAGACAGAGGCACGGCCAGUUAGGUUGUAUUAUGUUUUGGAGAUGUUUGACUCUGGUUUGAUGCUGGAGCAAUGGUAUGCCAACACGGAUUGGGAUGUGAAAUUGUUGAAAUUUGGUUGAAGGUGGUAUGAUGAGUGUUGUAAAAAUGUUAAUCUCCUUAAUGUUAGCAAAAAUUGUUGAAUGAAAUCAGUGUCAUAGAUGCUUUGAAACUAUUUCGAGUUUAUAAACUUACCUCUUUUCAGCCUCAUAUUAACACUUUGGACUAGGCUCUACACACUCAUAGCAACCCUGCGUGGAGGGAAGCAUGGCAAGACUGGCGGCACUCCAACAGCACCUACUAUCUUGCUCUCCCUUGACCACCUCUCUUUCUGACUUAAGUGGAACCAGACUUCAUACUCAACAUCAGUUGAAGAGAAAAUUAUGGCAGCCAAAAGGGACUCUCUAUGUCUCCGCAUCAAGCACCAAGAAAAUCUUCAAUAUGGCAGGCACCAGAUUUAUUGGAGUGUUUUUGUCUAGGCUCCUUGUCAAAGAGGGUCACCGAGUGACUUUAUUUUCAAGAGGUAAAGCGCCUGUCACUCAACAAUUGCCAAGUGAAUCAGAUGGUGAUUAUGCUGUUUUUUCUUCCAAGAUCUUGCAUUCGAAAGGUGACAGAAAGGACUUUGAAUUUGUAAAAUCCAGUCUCUCAGGAGAGGAGUUUGAUGUUAUUUGCAUAAAUGGACGUGAGGCAGACGAAGUUGAGCCUGUAUUGGAUGCUCUGCCGAAUCUGGAACAGUUUCUUUACAGUUCUUCCGCUGGUGUCUAUCUCAAUUCUGACCUAUUACCUCAUGCAGAGGCUAAAGGUUUUGCAGUUUCUAGAAGGAAAGCAGCGUCUUUGAUCUUAUCAACCUACAUUCUCUCAAAGGUCGGCAUAGCACUAGCUCAGCAGUCUCCUGUGUUCCGCGAAUACAUAGAUGCAUUUGAUGGUUAUUCAUUCCAGUACCCAAGGAGUUGGAUUCAAGUCCGUGGUGCUGGGGCUGACAUAUUCUUUAGGGACCCUUAUGUUCUUGAUGAAAAUCUCUCUCUUGAAAUUUCUUCACCUUCAUCCUCCCAAUACAAGAGUGUUGAAGACUUGGGUCCACCCCAAGAAGCUGGAAAGAAAGUGCUCAAACAAUAUCUGACUGAGUUUAUGUCUACUAGACUCGGUGUUAGACGUGAAUCAAAUAUUCUUUCAACUUCUUCAAGAGUAGCUGAUGAUGGCAAGUUGUACUAUGAAGUUGAGGUAAACAUAAAGUCAUAUGCAAACAACAAUGAACUUGCUGUUAUGCCACAAGACCGGGUGGCUCGUCUGGAAUGGGACCGGAGGUACCUAUCUGUUCUUGGAGUUGAAAACAACCAACUGUAUGAGUUGAGAUUGCAGGUGCCGGAAAAUGUGUUUGCAGAGGAGGAAAGUGAUCUUCGUAGAGUCAUGGAUUCGUUUCGAGUCAGCAAGAUUGCUGCUUAGAACUAGAAUGUUGGAUACAUGAAUAUGCUCGUUGUUCUUGAAACAUAAUCUUAUUUUUUUUAUUUCUUAUCAAUUCUAAAAAUCAUUUUUCUCUAACUCUUGCUAUAAUUUGGGCUCUGUUGAUUGUUUUGUUACACUCUUAUCUUCAUUUUUGUAUCUAUUUAAGUCUGUUUGAGAACAUGACAUUUAACUUGA